AUGCCCGGAUCACAUCGCCUGGAGCAGCAGCUGGAUAUCUGCGUCCAGGACGUCCGCUCCCGUCGUCCUCUUCCUCGCGUCAAUCCAGCGGACAGGCGGAUGAGGGAAAACGCGAGGCGAACGCGGCGCGGGCGGAAACCAGGGCGGCCGGGGCGAGCGCGGUGCGGGCGGAGUCCAGGGCGGCCGAGCGAGCGCGGUGCGCACAGAGGCCAGGGCUGCCGGGUCGGCGCAAGCGGCGGCCGGAUCGAAGUUCGAGAGCCGCGGAGCCACGGGCGAGCACGGCAGCCGGGACGGAAGCCCGGCCGGCUAUCGGACGGCCGGCGGGCAAGCGCGGUGGCCGGGAGGCGGCUGGGCGAGCUUUAUGGCGUUGGCGGGAGCAAAGAUUCCUCAACCGCCAACGUUGACCGCGCCGCCACCCCACAUGCCAACCAAAAAAGUAGCGCUGAAAAGCCCGAGAGCGCCUCGACGCCGGAGCAGAGCAAGAGGGCCGUGGUGAGCUACUGGGGCAUCGAGCCGCGGAAGCUCGUCAAGGACGACGGCACGGAGUGGCCGUGGUUCUGCUUCAGGCCGUGGGACACGUACAGGCCGGACACGUCCAUCGACGUCACCAAGCACCACGAGCCCAAGGCCCUGGCGGACAAGGUGGCCUACUUCGUCGUCCGAUCGCUGCGCGUGCCCCGGGACCUCUUCUUCCAGCGCCGGCACGCCAGCCACGCCCUGCUGCUGGAGACGGUCGCGGCGGUGCCGCCCAUGGUGGGCGGCGUGCUGCUGCACCUGCGCUCGCUCCGCCGAUUCGAGCACAGCGGCGGCUGGAUCCGCGCGCUCAUGGAGGAGGCCGAGAACGAGCGCAUGCACCGCAUGACCUUCAUGGAGGUGACGCAGCCGCGGUGGUGGGAGCGCGCGCUCGUGCUCGCCGCGCAGGGCGUCUUCGUCAACGCCUACUUCGUCGGCUACCUCAUUUCCCCCAAGUUCGCGCACCGCUUCGUCGGCUACCUCGAGGAGGAGGCCGUGGAUUCUUACACCGAGUACCUCAAGGACCUCGAGGCCGGCUUGAUCGAGAACACGCCCGCCCCGGCCAUCGCCAUCGACUACUGGCGCCUCCCCGCCGACGCCAGGCUCAAGGACGUCGUCACCGCCGUGCGCGCCGACGAGACGCAUCACCGCGAUGCCAACCACUACGCAUCGGACAUCCAUUACCAGGGAAUGACGCUGAAUCAGACGUCUGCGCCGCUCGGCUACCACUGA